CGGGAGGAUGGGAUGGAUUUAGGGAGCGACGCCGGCAGCAGCCGCUCCAGCUCGGAGUCCAACUCCAGCAAAGCCACGCCGUGCUCGGAGGGCAAGUCCUCGCCGUCCCCCAGCAGCCUGGACCUGGCGGCGCUGGAGGACUCGGAGGAGGAAGAAGAGGAGGAGGAAGAAGAAGAAGAGGAGGAGGAGGACGGGGGUUACCUGCCCUCCCCACCGGAGCUCCGGCAGCCUCCUCGCUGCCCCGGCGGCGAUGCCCGCUGCCGCGGUUCCCCCUCCGCCGCCUCUCCCCGCCGCCGCCCCAACACCACCACCACCGCCGCCGCCGCCUCCCGCCCGCGGCCGCACCAGCGCCCGCCGCCGCUGCCCCCGCAGGAGCGGCGGCGCGGGGGAACGGCGGGACCGGGCGGGCGGCGGGCGCGGAGGAGCGGCGGCGGAGCUCAACCCCCGCGCGAACCGCAGCCACCGGCUAUGGACUGGGCGGCCUUGGAAAGGCACUUGGCUGGUUUGCAGUGCCGGGAGCAGGAGCGAAGACAACGGAGCAACCCCGCCUCGGCCCAGAAGAAUGAACGGGAGUCCAUCAGGCAGAAGUUGGCUCUGGGCAGUUUCUUUGACGAUGGCCCCGGACUGUACAGCAGCUGCAGCAAGAGCGGCAAGCCCAGCCUGUCCUCCCGAUUACAAAGUGGGAUGAACCUGCAGAUCUGCUUCGUGAACGACAGCGGCAGCGACAAGGACAGCGAUGCCGAUGACAGCAAGACAGAAACCAGCCUGGACACUCCCUUGUCACCCAUGAGCAAGCAGAGCUCAUCCUACUCUGACAGAGACACAACAGAGGAAGAGUCAGAGUCCCUUGACGACAUGGAUUUCCUCACCAGGCAGAAGAAGCUCCAAGCUGAAGCCAAAAUGGCCUUGGCUAUGGCAAAGCCCAUGGCCAAAAUGCAGGUGGAGGUGGAGAAGCAGAACAGGAAGAAGUCACCGGUAGCAGAUCUUCUGCCACAUAUGCCUCACAUAAGUGAAUGCCUGAUGAAGAGAAGUUUAAAACCCACUGACCUACGAGACAUGACUAUUGGGCAGCUACAAGUGAUAGUCAAUGAUCUCCACUCACAGAUAGAAAGCUUGAACGAGGAGCUGGUGCAGCUGCUGCUCAUCCGGGACGAGCUGCACACGGAGCAGGACGCCAUGCUGGUGGACAUCGAGGACCUGACCAGACACGCUGAGAGCCAGCAGAAGCACAUGGCAGAGAAGAUGCCUGCAAAGUGA